AUGGUACUAGUGGCUGGCCUAGGAGGUGUAUCGUUGUUCGCGCUUGGCUACAUUGUGUUAGCCUUCUGGAUGCUUUGGCAAGGAAAUAGUUUGUAUCUCAGCACGAAUUAUCGCAGGACACUUGCGCGCUGGAAGCUUCUUAUGUUAUACACAGUAAUUGUCAUGCUCUGUAAAGCUGCUCUGCAGGUAAGUUUCCCGGGAAAAAAUACUUCAAUGUUGCUUGUGAAAGAAGUCGAUCUCUACUGA